GCCAAAAAGAAUUGAACUAAAACUUGGGUAGAGGCCGCGCGAACGCAGACCUCCGCUACCACAAAUUAUGACGUAGGCUCUCCCACAUUGGGGAGACCUUAGCCCAACACCCCUACCGAAGUGCAAUGGAGGUCACUGGCCUAGACCACAGGUCUUAUUGAUCGCCUGUAGAUCCCGUCCAGGUAAGUAUGUUGAAUGGUUGCACCCAACUCUUUUUUUAUACUCCAUUCUCCUUCUAAAUUUCCUUUGUUUAGAGAUGUGGUAUUCCUAUACUCCUCUAACUUAUCUCCUAUCUUAUGUACCACCAAGCACUACAUCCCCUGACAAUAGGAAGAUCGACUCCUCAUUCUCUACUUGAAAUUACCAACAUUUGUCGACAAUUUGAGGUAGUGGUAUUGUCAGAAUUGUUAAGUCUCGAUUCUAGUAGAUACACUAAUGCAUAGGAAGUUAGGAACUCUUAGUACCUUAAGGCCUAAAUGUAGUAUGAACUAAACUGUCCAAUGUUCAUGCAUGCUUCUCUGCAAUCCAUAACGUUGACAUAUUGCUUCAACCAAUUGGUUUGAUUGAAACAGGGGCAUUGACUGCUAAUCAAAACAUGCAUGCAUGUAGAAAAGGAAAAAUAUCUCUGAAAAAAGUUAUUUGAGGUCACCAAGGGAUGAAGUACUAAAUUGUAAAUUGUCUACUUCAACCAACAAUUCAAUGGCCACAGAUAAUGGCGUUUGGUAAACAUAAACUUUAGAAUAAAUACAUUUUAGAAAACCACAUCAUGUUCGAACAUCUUCUCACAACGUGUAGUUUGUAGCUAGAUCCUUUUUGUUUUCUCAAACGUGAAAAUAUUAUCAGUAUAUUAAUCUCGAGAUAGUUAGACAAAGCAAAAGAUCAUAGCCAUUUUUUGGUUGUGAUUAACAUGCAAAGCAAAUAACUAAAUAUUAAUUCAGGAUCCAUAAAAAAUCGCAUUAGCCCGAUACUUGAUUCAAAUGUGUGGAAUCCAUAAUCUAGGCUUGUAAUCCAACGAACUAUACACGAUAAGCCAACCCAUAAAAUAAUUGCAUACAUUAUGGACUAACGCCAACAAGAAUUGAACUAAAACUUGGGUAGAGGCCGCGCGAACGCAGGCCUCCGCUGCCACAAAUUAUGACGUAGGCUCUCCCACAUUGGGGAGACCUUAGCCCAACACCCCUCCCGAAGUGCAAUGGAGGUCACUGGCCUAGACCACAGGUCUUAUUGAUCACCUGUAGAUCCCGUCCAGGUAAGUAUGUUGAAUGGUUGCAUCCAACUCUUUUUUUAUACUCCUUUCUCCUUCUAAAUUUCCUUUGUUUAGCGAUGUGGUAUUCCUAUACUCCUCAAACUUAUCUCCUAUCUUAUGUACCACCAAACAUUACAUCCCCUGACCAUAAGAAGAUCGACUCCUUAUUCUCUACCUAAAAUUAUCAACAUUUGCCGACAAUUUGAGGUAGUGGUAUGGUCAGAAUUGUUAGGUCUUGAUUCUAGCAGACACACUAAUGCAUAGGAAGUUAGGAACUCUUACUAUCUUAGGGCCUAAAUGUAGUAUGAAUUAAACUGUCCAAUGUCCAUGCAUGCUUCUCUACAAACCAUAACGUUGACAUAUUGCUUCGACCAAUUGGUUUGAUUGAAACAGGGGCAUUGACUGCUAAGUUAAACAUGCAUGCAGAAAAGGAAAAAUAUAUCUGAAAAAAGUUAUUUGAGGUCACCAAGUGAUGAUGUACUAAAUUUUAAAUUGUAUACUUCAACCAAAAUUCAAUGGUCACAUAUAAUGGCGUUUGGUGAACAUAAACUUUAGAGUAAAUACAUUUUAGAAAACCACAUCAUGUUCGAACAUCUUCCCACAACGUGUAGAUUGUAGCUUGAUCCUUUUUGUUUUCUCAAACUUGAAAAUAUUAUCAGUAGAUUAAUCUCUAGAUAGUUAGACAAAUCAAAAGAUCAUAGCCAUUUUUUGGUUGUGAUUAACAUGCACGUAAAUAUUAAUUCAGGAUCCAUUAAUAAAAUUCGCAUUAGCCCAAUACUUGAUUCAAAUGUGUGCAAUCUAUAAUCUAGACUUGUAAUCCAACAGACUAUACACGAUAAGCCAACACAUAGAAUAAAUGCACACAUUAUGGACUAACGCCAAAAAGAAUUGAACUAAAAUUUGGGUAGAGGCCGCGCGAACGCAGACCUCCGCUGCCACAAGUUAUGACGUAGGCUCUCCCACAUUGGGGAGACCUUAGCCCAACACCGCUCCCGAAGUGCAAUGGAGGUCACUGGCCUAGACCAGAGCUCUUAUUGAUCGCCUGUAGAUCCCGUCCAGGUAAGUAUGUUGAAUGGUUGCACCCAACUCAUUUUUUAUACUCCUUUGUCCUUCUAAAUUUCCUUUGUUUAGUGAUGUGGUAUUCCUAUAAUCCUGUAAGUUAUCUCCUAUAUUAUGUACCACCAAGCACUACAUCCCCUGACCAUAAGAAGAUCGACUCAUCAUUCUCUACCUGAAAUUACCAACAUUUGCCAACAAUUUGAGGUAGUGGUAUUGUCAGAAUUGUUAGGUCUCAAUUAUAGUAAAUACACUAACGCAUAGGAAGUUAGGAACUUGACUCACUCCUACUGUCACUCUAGAAAAUGGCCAAGUGAAACCACUUCCUAAAGCGUAGUAUAGCGGGUUUGGGUUUUAAUGUCAACCCGGGUCCUAUAUGUGAUGACUACUCAGUGAAUUCUUAUUAUCUAGCAAUAAAACUUAAGUGCAGGUUCAAACAAACAAAAACACAAAGCAAGUUAAACGGUUGUUUCAAGUCGAGAAAGGUCACCCGGAUAUGGUUCCCAAUAGACUGCAGUUAAGCCGGAUUGCAAUUACCAAGUUCAGUUUCUAAGAUAGUUAUACUGCGGAAGGUUCUUAAACAGUCUGAAGUCUCGACUAAAGGUCUCCAGACCCUCUCAAUCUGAGUCUCUAGUGGGCGACUAACCUCCACCGGAGUAAACAGAUUGAGGCCCUAAUGAACAAAACCUCCUCUACCGAAGUAACUUCGGUACAAAAUAGUGAAUUGGCUCCUCGACUAAAGUCGCCAAUUCACUACCUUCAAUUAAGGGUGCUCUAUCAACCUAGGCAGAUAUUCUCUUUCUAGGUUAAAGCAGAAACAACAGGAAUUUGAUCAGGAUUCAUGCCAUUCAAUCAUUCAAACCUCAGUUGAAUAUAAACAAAUCAUAGAAUCUGUACUUGGGUUCAUACAAUCAGACCUAACAUACAAAUCUAGGGUUUCCCAUACCCAGAUGAAUGGGAGAACUACUCCAUGGAGAAAAAAGCAAAAGCAGAUUCAGAUGCGGAAACCAUACUGUGAAGGAUGGAUUUCUGCUCCUGGGCGUCGAUCGGCACUUCUCCAAGCUCAAGCCGGGCUCCAAUGGUGAUGAAGAUCAAGCUAGGGCACUUGGGAACUCUUGUUCGUCGCUUUCUCUCUCUAGGAAUCGCUCUGUCUCUCUAAAACUCGAAUCCCCCUCACUUGUGGCUGAAAAUUGGCUUAAAACCAGAAAAUCCCGACUCACACGGCCAUGUCACACGGCCGUGUGACUCCCCCAGCUGCCCGUGUGGCUUUGCAAAACACGGCGUUUCGUUAAGUGACUUCAGGCUUCCCACGCGGCCACGACUCACACGGCCGUGUGAGUGUCCAGUCUGCUCGUGUGGCUUUUGCCGAGCCUUCACACGGCCACAGUGGGUCACCCACACGGCCGUGUGCUUUUGGGCAUGCCCGUGUGGCUUCUCAGCUUCUCGCCAAGCGUCCAAACUUCGUCCAAUCGACCCCGAACUCGUUCCUAAACCUUCAUUCACGUACUAGGACCUGAAAUAUCACAAACAAGAACAACCUAGCGUGAAAUCGGCCUAAAACACGGGAAUCGACAUCUCAAACGGCUCAAGAAUAGGGGUAAAAACAUGUGUAAUCAAUGGUCUAUCAAACUCCCCCACACUUAACCGUUUGCUUGUCCCCAAGCAAACCAAGUCAGACACAAGGUAAGCUCAAAACCUUUCAAUCAAGCAGGCUUUAGGGCAUAUCAUAUCGGCACAAAACACGUGGAUCAUACUGGCUUUCGAUCAUUAACACAUGGGUAACUCUAACGACAACCUAGACAACCACCACAGAUGACAUUCGAAUGCAGUAAAGUCGAGCAAAGGAAGAGUCUCCCUUCUGUUCACCAACCAACAUAGACUUGACCCAACCACUUAUUCAAAACAGUCACUUCAUGCAUAAAGCUCAAGAUAUCAUCAGAAUUAAGACCGAGCAAUCAGGUCCUCACCGGGAUAAAGAGUAUAGAGAAUA